CCCGUCAUGAGCCGCAGACGUGUAGCGAUUAUCGGUGCAGGUGUCUGCGGACUGACGUCAGUCAAGGCCUGUCUGGAGGAGGGGCUGGAGCCGGUCUGUUUCGAGAGACACGAUGAUAUAGGAGGAGUCUGGUACUACACAGACCAAGUCCGUCCGGAGCAAGGCUCGAGUGUGUACAACUCUCUCAUCACUAACGUCAGUAAGGAGUCUUCGUGCUUCAGUGAUUUUCCGUACCCCAGAGACUACCCAGCGUACAUGUCCUGUCACCAGCUGCACAGAUACCUCACCCAGUACGCCGAGACAUUUGGACUGAGAAAAUACGCCAGGCUCAACACUAAGGUAACUGAAGUGCGCAAGGCCGAAGACCACGUGACCUCAGGCCGCUGGAUCGUGUCUUCGGUCAGCAUGACGGCGGAGGGAUCUUUCAAAGAGGAAGAGUACGACGCCCUUAUGGUGUGCAGCGGUCCAUUCUCCAAAUCCUUCACGCCGAACUUUCCUGGACUAGACCAUUACUCAGGCCUGACGAUCCACAGUAGGGAAUAUAAAAGGGCGGGAAACUCAGCCGGUGACGUUGCAGUCGACGUUUCUCACGUUGCUUCUAAGCUGUAUCUGAGUAUGCGGGAUGGCACGUGGAUCUACCCCCGCCUGUCCCACGGAGGCACGCCGAUAGACAUGCUGGGUUCCCGGGGAUUCCUCCCGUACCCUGCCGCACUCAACACGCACAGAAGGCGGCAGACUCUGGCAGAACACGUCAACCAGACUAACUACGGACUGGAGACAGACAAGGACAUGUACGAACACGUCAUGGUCAACGACGAGCUGCGAUUCUGUCUCAUCAACGGGAAGGUUUUGUUGAGACCUGGAGUGACGAAGUUUACCCGCACGGGGGCGCUUCUGGCUGACGGUACCAUGUUGGAAAACAUCGACGCUGUUGUGUUCGCAACCGGCUAUAAGGAAGCCAAUGUUUCUUACUUGGAUGACUCCAUCCUCGCAAAGGAUCCCACGAAGUUGGACCUGUACAAGCUGGUGUUCCCCGCCAACAUGCCCCACCCCUCCAUGGCGGUGAUUGGUUUCUUCCAUGUCCGAGGUUCCAUCCCACCGGUGGCCGAGGUCCAGGCCCGAUGGGCUGCACGGGUCUUCUCGGGACAAGCCAAGCUUCCAGACCGGCAGACAAUGCUAGCGCGCGUGCGCAGAGACAGAGAAGAAAGACUUCGGAUCCUGGGGAAACAUAUGCGGAAUAAACUACCGAAGAUUGGUGUGAUCCCCUACCGUGACGAGAUUGCGCGGGAAAUCGGAGCCAUGCCGACUUUCUGGAACCUUUUCCUCAAAGAUCCCAUGUUGGCCUUUCGAGUCUACUCCCAGCCGCCUUUGCCGGCCCACUACCGCCUUGUAGGGCCCCACCCGUGGCCUAAAGCGCCUGAAUACACCAAGGAGGCUGUAGCCAACACCUUCUAUAGCCUGAGGCAUGCCGGGAAGGCAUCUACGUCAGCAAACAAGAUGGCGGCGGUUUCUUCGAUUUCAGUCGUGUUUAUUUUUGUUGCUCUAAUGGCCAUUGUGUUGCGUUUUGUAAUGUAACGUUUUGUCACGCUACUUGCAAGGAUUUUAGAUAACCUGCACGGAAGGUAAGUUGUCUCCAAACCUCAGUGUUACUUUGUUAAAAAGUUUUUUAAUUAUGUGCAAUUGUCAAGUUGAUACGAAUUGUGUAAUA